UCCCGGGAGCCUGCUGAUGGCGGCGGGCCCAGGCUCCCAGGAGCGGGAAGGGCUCCUGAUCGUGAAGCUGGAGGAGGACUGCGCGUGGAGCCAGGAGCUGCCUCCGCCUGACGCUGGGUCCAGGGCACAGUCCGCCCACCUGCGCUUCCGACGAUACCGCUUCCAAGAGGCUGGGGGUCCCCGAGAAGCCCUCAGCCGGCUCCAAGAGCUUUGCCAUGAGUGGUUGCGGCCCGAGCUGCUCACCAAGGAGCAGAUUCUGGACCUGCUGGUGCUGGAGCAGUUCCUGACCAUCCUGCCCCCGGAGAUCCAGAGCAGGGUGCAGGAGCUGCAUCCAGAGAGCGGCGAGGAAGCGGUGACGCUCGUGGAGGACCUGCAGAAAGAACUUGAAAGGCUGCGGCAACAGGUCACAAAUCAUGGGCGGGGAACUGCAGUGCUUUUGGAGGAGCCUUUGCCUCUGGAAACAGCACGAGCGUCACCGAGCUUCAAGCUGGAGCCCAUGGAGACUGAGCGAAGCCCUGGCCCCAGGCUGCAGGAGCUGCUAGGCCCCAGCCCCCAAAGGGACCCCCAAGCUGUAAAGGAGAGGGCAUUGUCUGCCCCCUGGCUUUCUCUCUUUCCUCCCGAAGGGAACACAGAAGACAAGGAGAUGACUGGGCCCCAGUUACCCGAGAGCGUAGAGGACAUGGCAGCGACGUACAUCUCCCAGGAGUGGGGACAGCAGGAACCUAGUAAGAAGCUCCUGUCCAGGGACUCGGUACAGGAGAGUUAUGAGAAUGUGCACUCACUGGAGUCUCUGAUUCCCCAUCAAGAGGCCCCAAGCACCCCAGUGGAGCAAGACAAAAAGUCACUGGAUCCCAGGACCCAGAGUUGGAAGGAGAUCCUGAGCCCCAGAAGCCUACCUGCAGGGGAAGAGAAAUUUGAGAACCAGGAGGAAACUGCUCAGCUUGUUGCCCCUGAAAACACCCACCCUCUGGAGCUACCUGGCCAGGCCAAAGGGGAGGUGCCCUGGAGUCCUGAGCAGGGGCAACCUCAGGACAGGUCAGAAGGGCACUGGGACCCUCUCCCAGAGAAUCAAAUGGAGCAAUCCUUAGUUGGAGCCACCAACUGCAGAGAGCUGGGGCGGACAAAGGAACUGCAGCCAAAGAAACUCCACUUAUGUCCUUUGUGUGGCAAAAACUUUUCUAACAACUCAAACCUGAUUAGGCACCAGAGAAUACAUGCAGCAGAAAGACUGUGCAUGGGUGUGGACUGUGGCGACAUCUUUGGUGGAAGCCCUCAUUUUCUGUCACUGCACAGAGCCCACUUGGGAGAGGAGGCCCAUAAAUGCCUCGAAUGUGGAAAAAGCUUCAGUCAGCAUACCCACCUGACUCGCCAUCAGCGCACUCACACCGGCGAGAAGCCCUAUCAGUGUACCGUCUGUGGGAAGAGCUUCUCCUGCAACUCCAACCUCCACAGGCACCAGAGAACACACACAGGCGAGAAGCCCUACAAGUGCCCUGAGUGUGGGGAGAUCUUUGCUCAUAGCUCCAACCUCCUCAGGCACCAGAGAAUUCACACCGGAGAGAGACCCUAUAAGUGUCCUGAGUGUGGGAAGAGCUUCUCUCGUAGUUCACACCUUGUCAUACAUGAAAGAACUCAUGAGAGAGAGAGACUUUACCCCUUCUCUGAAUGUGGAGAAUCUGUGAAUGACUGUACCCCUUUUCUUACCAACCACAGAACCCCCAAGGUAGAAAAAAAGCUCUUCAAAUGUUUGACUUGUGGGAAAAGCUUCGGGCAGGGCAUGCACCUCACCAGACAUCAAAGAACGCACACAGGGGAAAAGCCAUAUAAAUGUACCCUUUGUGGGGAAAAUUUCUCCCAUAGAUCCAACUUAAUCCGGCACCAAAGAAUUCACACAGGAGAAAAACCUUACACCUGUCAUGAAUGUGGAGAUAGUUUUUCUCACAGCUCCAAUCGGAUUCGUCACUUGAGAACCCAUACGGGAGAGAGGCCAUAUAAAUGUUCUGAAUGUGGAGAAAGCUUUUCUCGGAGUUCACGCCUUGUCAGUCAUCAAAGGACUCAUACUGGGUAGGAUGAAUGGAAUUUCUCUAAUUCGGAUGUGGUGAAGUAUUACAGACUUAAUUUUAUGAACUAGCCUUCCUUGCCCAACUGAUCUCUACAGAUUACGGUAAUUAUUCUAUGGAAGUAGGGUGAGGGCUGGCCGUUGUGAAGAAGGUGCAGAGGCUGCCGAGGGUUAAAGAGUACACACCCUCUGAGUGUGUAUCCACGUUGUGAUUUGGGUGCCUUGCUGUGUCCCAUGACUAUCCCCAAAUUGUUAGGAAUCCUUGUGAUCUAUUUAUUUGGGACAUUCAGCGGGAACAUGUAGGCUCUGAGGCCUUUAAGACCAAAGAGGAGAAGCUAAGUCUCUUGGGAAAUUAGCCAGAAUCCAACUAAAGACUAGUUGGCAUUUGCAAGUCUCCUGAAAGCCCCGGCUGGGAAGCCACCACAGUGCUCCCUCAAUGGUCUCACGGAAGUACUCGUAGGCAGGCCACGUAUGCCAGUGUCCCUGUAGGCAAGGAACCAGAGACCUGAGGGUAAGGUUGUUACUGCAGGCCUGGGAACGGGCAGUCUCCCUUCGCAGAGCUCUAGACUUGCCCUUCUGUUGUCAGAAAAAAUGAACAACUCUAGGGCUUUCUUCCUAGGUCCAGGGCCCUAUGAAAAACAGGAGUUCCUGCGAAACUGAGGACUAUGCUCUUCUCUCUGAAAAGUAUGGAUGAUAAUAAACAUCUUAAGGAAA